AUGUCUAGCAGUGCAGAUGAUUUAUGUCCUGGACUAUCUAGCAAUCCAGAUAUUUCUGGGCCUGGAGUAAGAAUUGCGUUGUAUUUACAGUCACUUCUCUCUGUCCUUCUUGUUCGCUACUCCCCGAAAGAUGCACCAGGAGCAUACUGGUCUAUGACAUCGACCGCAUUCUCUUUGAUUAUAUCAAGCAUAGUGACAGCAGCCGCGAAAGAAAUAUCCUUGCUGGACGCCAUCGUCGUCGUUUAUGUCCUACUUCUGCCUAUCCUGGCCUCUGCAUUUGGCCUCACCGAGAUUAUGUCCCCACAAUCCUCGAAAAAGUCCACGCGCUCCGUGCAUUCCCCCCUCCUCACUGUCGCUAACUGGAUGCGAUCCGCGUUCACCUACUCGUUCGCUCUGUAUGUCUGGAUCUCGGCACCCGAAUUCGGUCAGGGGCCACGGGCAUGCAACGAGGCCACGUUCUUCAUUUUCUUUGGUGCCAGUCUUCCAGCCUUGCGAAGCGGACGUUGGCUGAACAUCGCCGUUUGGAGCUUGAUGACGACAAGAUUCGUGUGGAGAAGCGGAAAGAGCGCCAAAACCCUGUUCGUGUCGCUGAACGCGCUGUUUUCGAAGACAGCAACUCAGAGGUUACUAAAGCCCCGCUACCCACCAAAGAACGAGAUACAUGAACAGACUGUAUGGACGAAAGACUAUGGUACAGGGCAGGAGACCCUUAGAGUUCGACGAUGGCGACCCAGACAAAUAUUCCAUGAGCUGAUACAGAGCCUUACAAGUCAGAUUCUGAAUUGGGCACCUUUUGGGACAGGCGCCCUGUAUAAGCGAUAUGGGCAAAAUAUCAUCAUCAGCAUGCUUGCUGUAUGGGCUAUUGUCAUGACCGAGCUACAACUCUCCCUAAAUAAUCAAGGGGAAAUCAAUAAUGAAUGGGGAUUUGGGCAGAUCCUCCCACUGGUGCUGACGAUCUCCCCUCUGUUCUCACUCUGGGAGUCUUUCAUAUCACGCCAAUCUUCGGGUCCAGCAAGUAAAUCCCGUAAAAUUCGGUUUUCCAUUCGCGCAGCACAGAAUCUCACGCGCCCUAUGUGUGAAUUGGACUUCUGGCCCCCAACGACAGUCGACGAGAUGACAGAGGGUCAAGUUGCGAAAGCUCGAGCACCCUCUGCAUUUGCCGUUAUCACCAUUGACGAACGGGAUGUGUACACCACCUUUGAGGCGCCUGAUAACAACUGCCCUGUCUGGAAUGAAAGUUUUGACAUCGAGGUCACUGAUCUCUCGACAAUAGUUGUCAGAGUGUUCGACCGGAAAUGCAUUGACAUGGGAUGGCCCUCGUUCAUCGGAUAUACCACCAUCCAUCCAUUCACUGUAUUCCCUCAUGCCAGCCACAGCAGCGCAGCAGAUGUAUCCAACGAAAACGAGAACGAGACCAUUAUGUCUUCUUUGCCUUCUGGCAAAGUGGAUGUUGACAGUAUUCCACUUGUACUGGACGACUAUACGAUGCAUAAUAUGACGAUAAGUAUUUCAAUAUCACCCUCUACUGAGGAGCCAGUUAAUCUUCCUGGACCUACCUCUUCUUCGCGCUUGACUACUGGCCCUCGUAAAACAAAAACAGAGCGUCGGGCGCCCAAGCCCAUCGAAUUGCUCUUCCGAUCUCGCUAA